AUGUUUACCAAAACUUUGGAGUUUGUCCUCGUGGGCCUAAUAUUGUUCCACUUGCUUUUGUCGCCGUACACCAAAGUCGAGGAGUCGUUCAAUGUUCAGGCGAUUCACGAUAUCCUCAACUAUGGAGUUUACCCCAGAGAAGUGUUGCAGAACUACGACCACGUUGAGUUCCCUGGCGUGGUGCCUCGGACGUUUGUCGGAAGUUUGGUCGUAGCUGGAUUUGUGAAAUUGACCGAUUUGGUGUACUCCUUAUUUGCUCAAACAUCCUUCGUUGCAGAUAUGAACCAGGGCCAAUUGCAUGUUCAGGUGAUUGCAAGAGCCGUUCUUGGUCUCGCCAAUGUGUUUGGCAUUGUGUCGCUUAGAAGGAGUCUCGAUAAGAUUUCGGGGCGCUCGAAGCUUUUGGGUUUCGUCUAUACCCUCAUGUUCUUGUCCCAGUUCCAUAUCCUAUUUUAUGCCACUAGAACAUUGCCAAACUUCAUCGCGUUGCCUAUGGUCAAUUAUGCUUUGAGCAAGAUCUUGCUUGGAGACAUGUCUGGUUUGAGUUGGCUCGCUUUCUGUGGAGUUGUGUUUCGCUUGGAGGUCGGCAUCUUCGCUGUAGUAAUUGCCUUGGUGUCUUCAUUAAUUUUCGGCCAGUCCAACAUUUUCAGCAACUUCAUGUAUUUGGCCGUUUCUUCAUGUGUGGGCGCCGUUGUUUCGGGUAGCAUCGACUCUUAUUUCUGGGGUCACUCCGUCUUGCCAGAAUUGUCUGCGUUCUUGUUCAACGUAGUGGAGGGUAAGCUGGUCGAGUGGGGCAUCGAACCCUACACUGCCUACUUUGUCAAGUAUAUUCCCAAUUUUUUCCGCCCUCCUCAUGUCUUGUUCUUGUGUCUUUUCGGGUUAAUGUCUGACCCUGCCCGGGCUGUUUCUACGGAAUCAAAGCAAAAAAACAAAGAGUCGCCCCGCCAAACCCACAAUUCUUUGCGAAUCUUGUCCGUAUCUGCCCUUCUUUAUGUGGCAACAAUGUCGUUCCAGCCUCACAAGGAAUGGAGAUUCAUCGUUUACACAAUCCCAAUCUUCAAUGCCUUAGCUGGUAAUGGUUUGUUACAUUUGUGGAAUGGACUCACCAAACUGAAUGCUCAUAAGAUAUUGUUUGUUUUGAUGAUUGCAAGCACGGUUGUCGCAUUCGCUAUCUCGUCUUUCAUGAGCUUUGCUUCAAGCUACAACUAUCCAGGUGGUCAAGCUAUUAAUUGGGUUAACAACUACGUUUCGCCAAAGCUUGAAAAGCAGAACAUUAUUGUCCAUAUGGACGUCCCUGCUUGUAUGACUGGUAUCACAAGAUUCACUCAAUUGGGCGAUGAAAGAAUUACUUAUGACAAAACAGAGACAGAUGCUGCUUUGGCACUGAUCUGGAAGGAUGUAAACAUUCUCAUCACGCACAAAAACUUAGAUGUUGCUAAUACUGUAUCUUAUGAUGCUUCCAAGUGGCAAAAAGUCAAAGAGAUCCCUGCGUUCUCGUCAGUUAGAGGCUUAAGGUUUGUGAAAGAUGUAGUUGAUACUGUCAAAAACCUGGACACAAGAACUCAUCUCAUAACUGCAAUUCUUUCAGAACUCAAAGAAGCGAGAUUUGACAGCUUUCAGGCCUUCAUCGAGAAAUCCAUUACACUUCAAACAUAUCUCAGAGUCUACGAGAGAGUUGCACCAGAAGACAAAAGGUUUGAAAAUUCGAAAGUUAUCAAUGAUUCUCUGCCUGAAAAUGGUAAGGAUGACCUUGUAAUCGGUGACAUUGAUCCAAAUUUGAUUGAGGCUGAACUCAACAAUCAAAUCGACCUGUUGGAAAAUGACGAAGUCACUCGUUUCAUAGAUGAGUUGUAA